CACUAUCACAUUAUUUCACUUUUAUUACUCAUUAUAUAUGUAAAUUAAGGAUAGAUCGAUGCGAUAGUUCUAAUAGCGCGCUCACCGAACUCAGUCCAAAUCAUACGCGGAAACACGUUUUUGUUUGUAAUGCAGACGUGAACUUCGAACUUUGUCCUGAACGGAAUUAGUAAUACUUCGAUAAGAGAAAUUGAUAACAUAUGUUCCAAAAUUUGUAGUGUGAAGGUAUUUAUAAUUUCGUGAAUAUAUUGUGUACAGCUUUGAGGCAGAUAUUAAUCGAACGCAGGUAAUAAUCGAAAUGCAUUGAACAUAACAAAGGAAAAUUCGUGAUUCAUUCUUCAAAUGGAUAAAUCGUGGUUCAUUCUUCAUCUCCUGGCAGCAUGUGCACAUCUAUCAUAUCAGAAAUCAACAAUAGAUUCACCAACAUACAUAGCAGCUGUGGUAGAAUAUUCCCCAAUAUAUUUAACAAACAGCGCCGAGACUUUGAAAGCAAAUACAAAAGCGUACGUUAAAUAUAUUAAAACAGCUAGUUUAAAUAAUACUGAUAUAAUUGUUUUCCCUGAAGAUGGCUUGACAACAAUACAUUUGCCAGAAAGACAACAAAUGGAGGAUUGGACAACUAUUAUUCCUAGCGCCUCACUUAAUUAUAUACCUUGUAUUCAAGACACUAUUGAAGUUAGCGAAACAUUGAAAAAUAUAUCAUGCGCUGCAAGAGAUAAUGAAAUCUAUGUGGUAAUCAAUAUUGCUGAGAAAGUUCCUUGCACUGAUGUAUCUUGCCCGAAAGAUAAAAUGUUCUAUUAUAACAGUAAUGUUGCAUUUGAUCGCACGGGAAAGAUUAUUGCUAGGUAUCGUAAAACAAAUCUUUUUACGGAACCACAAUUUAAUGUGACAGCAAUACCAGAGAUAGUGAGCUUUGAUACUGAUUUUGGAGUGACAUUUGGAACUUUUAUAUGCUUUGAUAUAUUAUUCCAUGAACCUGCGUUACAAUUGACAAGGGUUCAUAACGUUACUGAUUUUGUAUAUCCUACAGCAUGGUUUUCUGAAGUACCAUUCUUAACAGCUGUACAAACUCAAGCAGGAUGGUCGUUUGCUGAAGAUGUAAAUCUUUUAGCUUCGGGUUAUAACAGACCUGCUGGUGGCAAUACAGGCAGUGGAAUCUACUUAGGUCGUGAAGGAAUUGCCAAGGCAGUAUUUUCUAAAAUUACACAUAAUGAAGUAUUGAUAUCUGAAGUACCUAAAAUAAAAGGAGAAACUAAACAUCAUAAAAAAUAUCACGACCAUUCAAAUGAUCAAAAUCAGAAAGAUUGGUACUUCUUUGGGAAGGAACAUAUGCAUGAUGAAUUACCGAAAAAACGACAAGACAAUAUUAUAGUAGCUAAUAGUGAAAUAGUUUUCUUAUACGAUAAUAUUCAAGUUUUUCAAACGUUUCCUUUAGAAAGAAAUGCCAAGGAAACCGUUUGUCAAAAUGACUUCUGCUGCGAGUUCAAAGUAGAAAUUGCGGAAAUAGAUCCAAAUACAAAAUAUCGUUUAGCAGUUUUCAGUGGUACUCGUCGUUAUGUUGUCGUUGAUGCUAACAUACGUGCAUGUGGCGUAAUUCAAUGUUUGAAUGAUUCAAUCUCGUCAUGCGGUUCUGUAGAAAAGUCGGAAACGGUGUUUAAUAAUAUUGGAAUUACAACAACUAUUCACGAUUACGAAAAUCAUUUAAUCAUGCCGUCUACACUAAAUGCAGAUAUAUUUCCGCUUAAAGAUUGGACAUUCGACGAGCGUAUUCAGGACAAUGACGUACAUAUUAACAUAUUCUUAAACAAUAAUACGAACAACUUAGUGACAUUUGGAAUAUAUGUGAGAAACUUUAAUAAGAACAAUUCAAAUAGGACAUCCUUCUGUAGCAUUAAUUAUUUCGUAAUAUUAUUAGUUACUUUCAUAUUGUCAAAAUUCUAAGUUAUAUAUGUAUAUAUGUAACACGCUUAUAUUUGUAUCUAUCAUUAUUUUUAUAUAGAGAUUUUUGAUGUGAUAUGCUUUUUAUAAAUUGCUUUUACUUCUUAUCUACAAAUUAUUGGCGAUUAUUUAUUGGCGAUUUCGAUAUAAUUUAGUUGUUUAUCUUUGUUAAAUUUUGUUUCACGCUUAGAUUUCAGUUUCUUAAAUAAUUGAAAACUUACCUAAAAUAACAUUAUAACCAUUAAUUUUUCUUAUCAACUUGGGGCAUUUACGUAUGUAGAUGUGAAAUAUACAUAAUUUUUUAAUGU